CAGUUCUGAUUGCAAGCCACAACAGGAGGUUAGCAGCCGGGGCUCCCAUGCACUGAAAGAAGAUAGAUCAAUUUUGUUCAGUGUUUGUCACAAUAGUUGGGACGUUGCAGGUCCAAGAGAAUAGGUGUUUCUAUGUUGUGGAAUUCUGACUUUGAGCCAGCGUGUGGGAGAUUCCAUCCAGCGGCAUUCGUGUGGAGUUACUGCUCAGUCAAAACUUCCUCACACACCGUGUGGAUUGUUAUUUCUUGAAAACUGGUUUAGCUCCAGCUUUUAAAGUGACUCAAGCAGAGUGGAAUGUUUUCCUUUGGGUUGGGAGACUGCAACACCCAAUGAGACUCCUGAGAGUUAAAAAUGUUGGUGCAGUCUGACAGGCCACUGUUCUCACUGAACAGCAGCUUCCAGUGUAAGGCUGAUUCUCUCUCAGGGGACCCGGGUGACAGAGAGUUUCAGAGCAGUUAACAAAUCUACCCGUGAAUGAAUCCGAUGGCUUUGAUCUCCAAGCUCCUUCUGAGCCCAAGCUGAAUUCAGACAGAAUGGCAGCUGAUGUAACUGGAGACUGUGAGGGCACUGACAGAGAGCUGGUGAUGGAGCACAACAAAUUGGAGCACAAUAGGAUAUUGCAGGCAAAAACUGACUAUGAUGCAAACUCAUGUCGCUGCUAUCACUCACCCAAUGAACAGGCUGCAGAUACUCGAAUUGCUGCCAUGUCUGAACAGGUAAAUAUGACUGGUGUCUUGCAGGUUAAAUUCAAGAGUUUGAUAGAGGGCCGGGCGGGACGCCUCCGGAAGGAGACCAAGCCCAGUGACGUUGCUGAUUUCUCCGGAAAACACUCAAGUGUGAUGGUUGAUUCCCCACUGGACUCCGUCAAUGACAGACCAAGACGCCCCAGGAGUAUUUGUGUCCCAGAAAACAAGAUUGGGUUAUUCCCAGAACUGGAAUCACAGUCACUGGUGCCAAUUGUGAGGAGGAGAGGGAUUGAUCCUGAUCCAUUGUGUAAAGGGGAGCAUUCUCAGCACCACAAUGAAGCAGCAGUAGGAACUGUACAGCCUCAAGCAUUCAUUCUCCGUCCUGGGAAGAAGGAACUACGUCGACCCCUUAGUAUGAGUUUCCUUGAGGCAAUCAGAACUCCCUCCCAUGUUGAGGCUGAGGUACCAGACAGUGAAGUGGCUGAACGGACUGCCAGUGCCACCAGAUCUGACGGCACAAGCUUUUUGCGAGCUGGCUAUCGAUGGUCCAGUCACCGAUGGGUUAGCUCAGCUGGGAAGACAAUGAGUACAAAAGACACAGCAAGUGAUCACAAAACUCCAAACUCCAAAAUAUCCCUCAAAUCACUAAAAAGAAGCCUGAGUUUUCGAAUUAGGAGAGGAGAGAACAAAAAGGAGUGUGAGACUACCAGGUGCAGGACACUGAGUGUUGGAGAAUCCUUCCGCCAAAGACUGAAGUCACCUGUAAGUGGGAGCUCAUCUUCCCCAGAGACAUCAAACCAAGAGACGCCCACGUGGCAUAAGCAAGAUCAGAGUUACCUGGUGCAUCUAACAUCUGUUAUAAACACCUCCUCAUCCCCAACAGUGAAGCCAGCAUACUCGCCAAACCAAAACACUGAAGCAAACAAUUGGUGGAAGUUUCUGACUGCUCAUUUUCGCAAAAAGGAUUCACGUGUGAACAAAAACUCUUCAAAAAAUGAUAGAUUGGGAUCUGAGACGCAGAGGAAUGGCUGGACUUCACCAAGCGAGGAACAGAAUACGGCUUCGUGUGGGAUACUUGAAUCUUGCAACAUCCAUGAUCCAUUUAUGGAGAGCUUUCAUCAUCUGCCCAGAAGUGAAAUGUCAUCACCAUCAUCAGAAGAUUCAUUUGUGAACAGCCAGGAGUGGACGUUGAGCCGCUCUGUCCCAGAACUGAAAGUGGGAAUCGUGGGGAAUCUAUCGAGUGGGAAGUCUGCCCUUGUUCACCGGUAUUUGACUGGAACCUAUGUGCAAGAGGAGUCCCCUGAAGGUGGCCGUUUUAAGAAGGAGAUUGUAGUUGAUGGACAGAGCUAUCUCCUGCUUAUCCGGGAUGAGGGAGGACCUCCGGAAGUGCAGUUCGCAACUUGGGUGGAUGCUGUGAUCUUUGUCUUCAGUCUUGAGGAUGAAAUCAGCUUUCAGACAGUUUACAAUUAUUACAUGCGACUCUCCAGUUACCGCAACACAGCCGAGAUUCCAAUGGUACUUGUGGGGACACAAGAUGCAAUCAGUGCAACGAACCCUCGGGUUAUCGAUGAUGCUCGAGCACGGAAGCUGUCCAAUGACUUGAAGCGAUGCACGUACUACGAGACAUGUGCUACCUAUGGACUGAAUGUAGAACGGGUCUUCCAGGAUGUGGCUCAGAAGAUUGUGGCGUUACGUAAGAAGCAGCAGUUAUCGAUUGGACCCUGCAAAUCACUGCCAAACUCUCCGAGUCAUUCCUCCGUUCCAACUGCCUCCAUCCCAUCUGUGCACAUUAACCAGGCUGCUAAUGGAGGGGUUUUCAGUGACUAUUCUUCAUCUGUGCCGUCCACACCCAGUAUGAGCCAGAAGGAAUUGCGAAUUGAAACAAUUGCCGCGUCCAGCACUCCCACCCCCAUCCGCAAACAAUCCAAGCGACGUUCCAACAUUUUCACAUCUCGAAAGGGCAGUGACACCGAUAAAGACAAGAAAAGCAUAGAUGGUAAACCAGACAAUAUUGGGAGUGGGCGAGCUAUCCCCAUCAAGCAGGGGAUUCUGUUGAAGAGGAGUGGGAAGUCACUGAACAAAGAAUGGAAGAAGAAGUAUGUGACACUCUGUGAUAAUGGUGUUUUGACCUACCAUCCCAGUUUACAUGAUUACAUGCAGAAUGUUCAUGGCAAAGAAAUUGACCUACUACGGACGACGGUUAAAGUGCCAGGCAAGAGGCCUCCACGGGCAGCAGCGAGUAACGCUCCAAGUGCCAGUCCCAAAACCAAUGGGCUCACCAAGGAUAGGAGUAACCUGCAACUGACUGCAAAUCCGGAUGGUGAGGAAUCUUAUGAGUUUGUGAUUGUGUCGUUGACUGGGCAAACGUGGCAUUUUGAAGCCUCGAACUCUGAGGAGAGGGAAUCAUGGGUGCUGGCAGUUGAGAGUCAGAUCUUUGCCAGUCUACAAUCAUGUGAAAGCAGCAAAAAUAAGUCUCGAUUGGGAAGCCAGAGUGACGCCAUUGCUAUCCAGUCGAUUAGGAACAUGCGAGGGAACGGAUUCUGUGUUGACUGUGACACACCAAAUCCUGACUGGGCAAGUUUGAACCUUGGAGCCCUCAUCUGUAUAGAGUGCUCCGGAAUCCACCGGAACCUGGGUACACACUUGUCACGGGUUCGCUCCCUCGAUCUGGAUGACUGGCCUGUUGAACUCAUCAUGGUGAUGACUGGAAUCGGGAAUGCCAUGGCCAACAGUGUGUGGGAAGACUCGACACAGGGCCUGACUAAACCCAACCAGGACAGCAGCAGGGAGGAGAAGGAACACUGGAUCAGAGCGAAGUAUGAACAGAAACUACUCCUGGCAGCCCUGCCACAAUCGGACAUCCCCCUGGGACAGCAGCUGCUCCGAGCUGUGGUGGAGGAUGAUCUCCGGCUGGUCGUCCUGCUCCUUGCUCACGGAACCAAGGAAGAAGUGAAUGAGACCUAUGGAGAUGGAGAUGGCCGGACCGCAUUGCAUCUGUCCUGUGCCAUGGCCAAUGUUGUUAUAACUCAGCUUCUUAUAUGGUACGGAGUCGAUGUGAAGAGUCGGGAUGCUCGUGGACUGACACCAAUGGCAUACGCUCGGCGAGCAGGAAGUCAGGAGUGUAUCGAGAUUCUGACACAGUAUGGCUGUCCCAGUGACAACUUCAUUCCCAUCCCAACCCCAAACCUAUCACGCAGGAACACCAACGUUAAUAACAACUCGCAGUCAGAGCUGAAUCGAAGUGCCAGCAUCAUCUAAUCUCCCGACAUUCAGAGGACACAGCUCCCAGCAAUUCUUGUUUAUGUGUUCUCUCUCCCCCGGCACCCUCCCUGUCUCAAACAGCAGACUGACAGACCUUCUCCUCACUGACCAUUGCUGCUCCAUGAAUGACCCAGUGUUGCAGAGUGUUUCUUUCUUAAUUAUGAUGUGGCCUGGUGCACAACUCUCAAACCUGCAAUCCUGACACUCAAGUCUAGGUGACUAGGGUGAAAGAGACACUGAGCCUGAUCCUGGAUGGACACAGACUACAGGGCAGGACACAGCACCCAGCAAUGUCAAAGGCAAAAUCAUGUUAUUACUGCAAAAACAAAUACCCCAAGGAGCAUCAUUCAGUUUACUCAAACCAAGCACACCACACUGAGUGGUGCAAGCAUCCUAGAGGGCAGAGCAAAGUGUAUGAAAGUGUGUGUUACGCACUGCAGGCAGUCCCUGGGUUGUGAAUGGGUUCUGUUCUCAAGUCUGUUCAUGAGUCGAUUCGCACCAAAGUCAGAACACAAUACAAUUCAAUAUAAGGAUCUUUAAAAUUAAUAUCAAUACAUCCCUGUGUGGGAUCGCAUCUUUAAGUACAAGUGCUCGUAAGUCAGACAUUGGUAAAUUGGAGACAACCUGUGGUGCGUGCAUGUGUGUGUGUGUGAGAACACUAAUCAUGAAUGUCCUUUUAUACACUAAUGAUGAAUGUCCAAGGUAUUUGUACAAUGAUUGUGAGAGAUUGUGUCAUACACUAAUCAUGAAUGUCCUAUGUAUUUGUUACACAGAGUGUGGGAGUGUGUUAUACGCUCAUGGUGAAUGUCCUAUGUAUAAUAGUGGUGUGAAAUAUGUUUGCUUGUUUGAUUUUGCCAGUUCCCCGUGUCCCAUGCAUUCCACUUGUCUUUCACUGUAUUUUCUCUCCAGUACAGGUCUGUGCUGGGCUGCAAUCCUUAUGUUGUUGAUUGUCACUGACAAUGGGAACUCUGCUCUCCUUGUUCCUACUUGCUUUUGAAUCCAGAAUGACAAGGUUAUGGUGAAUGGAGCAACUUCAGUUCCCUCUGGAGAGUGGGUGAACAAUACAUGGAGUCUCUUCUUCACUGGAGGAAAGUUUGGAAUCAAGCUGCCCUGAAAUCAUCAGGAUUUUAAUUAACAGAACAGGAACUGGAUACUGUUUGAAAUGGGAUACCAUAGACAGGCAUCAUGUCUUACAGGGUCUGGGGUGUGUCCUGGAGAAGCGGACAGAGCCUGAAUUGUGUCCUGGAGGAAUGGUCAGUGUGGCCAGAGCCUGGAGUGUGUCCUGGAAGAGUGGUCAGUGUGGCCAGAGCCUGAAUUGUGUCCUGGAGGAAUGGUCAAUGUGGCCAGAGCCUGAAUUAUGUCCUGGAAGAGUGGUCAGUGUGGCCAGAACCUGAAUUAUGUCCUGGAGGAAUGGUCAGUGUGGCCAGAGCCUGAAUUGUGUCCUGGAGGAAUGGUCAAUGUGGCCAGAACCUGAAUUAUGUCCUGGAGAAAUGGUCAGUGUGGCCAGAGCCUGAAUUGUGUCCUGGAGGAAUGGUCAAUGUGGCCAGACCCUGAAUUAUAUCCUGGAGGAAUGGUCAGUGUGGCCAGAGCCUGAAUUGUGUCCUGGAGGAAUGGUCAGUGUGGCCGAGCCUGAAUUGUGUCCUGGAGGAAUGGUCAGUGUGGCCAGACCCUGAAUUAUGUCCUGGAGGAAUGGUCAGUAUGGCCAGACCCUGAAGUAUGUCCUGGAGAAAUGGUCAGUGUGGCCAGAACCUGAAUUAUGUCCUGGAGGAAUGGUCAGUGUGGCCAGAACCUGAAUUAUGUCCUGGAGGAAUGGUCAGUGUGGCCAGACCCUGAAUUAUGUCCUGGAGAAAUGGUCAGUGUGGCCAGAACCUGAAUUAUGUCCUGGAGGAAUGGUCAGUGUGGCCAGAGCCUGAAUUGUGUCUUGGAGGAAUGGUCAGUGUGGCCAGAGCCUGAAUUGUGUCCUGGAGGAAUGGUCAGUGUGGUCUGAGUCUGAGGCCUGUUCUGGAGGAGCAGUCAGUGUAAUACAGUUAUUCACUCUGUCCAAUAGUGUACACUGUGGAAUGAUGAUGAGAGCUCAUGAUGGAGUUCCAAAUUUGGAACCACCUUCCCUCCCUCCUUCUCCCAUUGGUGAAUCUUCAAUCUCUGGGUCAGAAGGGAUCUGUGAGGUGUCAUAACCUCUGACAUGAGAAGAGUCUCAGUCAGUACACUUGGGUGAACCGCACUCUACACUGACAGUUUCAUUCAUCCUGGAGUCACUGCUGAUCUGGAACACACACAAUCCACAUGCGGUGUGUACACUGUGUACAUGUCUGGACAUGGAUUCUGUACUUGAGACUCUGUGUCUUUGAAGAUCAGUAGGCUGCUAUGCUACCAGAAGGAUGAGGAGACAUAGGAGAGGGCACAGAACAGGUUUACCAGAUUGUUGCCUGGUUUGGAGAGUAUUAACUGUGAAGAGAGAUUGGACAAACUUGGUUUGUUUUCACUUGAAUGUCGAAGGA